AUGUGGCUGUGCUUCAGAUUGAGGCCCUCGGGUGUGUACACACUCCACAGCGUGCACCUGUUGCUCAGGUUCUGCAGGAAGCACACUGGUUCUUUGAGCAGAGACAUGGACUCACUGGACGCGUAUUAUAACGGAACCUUCGAGCCGCAGAACCAUGACAGUGUGGAGCGAGAGCCACCAGCGUGUCUGUACUCCCGGCGAGCAGAGCAGAUGCCAUAUUUAGAGCUGCAUGGUAAUACGGCAAUUGGGAAUCAGGACAGAGAGUUGGCGCCCUACGAUCUGCCAUCCUGUCAGCACACCCCCUCACCCGGGUAUCUCCAGGACGAAGGCCUGCAGGCUGAUGCCUACCAUCUGAGGACCGACGAGAUGACGGGACACAUGGCCUUUCCAUGGAUGAGAGCUUCAAGAGCUCAAAUCUGCCAGGCACCCAUGACAGGUGGGUUUCUGUCUGAAGACUCGGAUGAGCAGAAGCGAAGCCGGACAGCAUACAGCAGGGCACAGCUGCUGGAGCUGGAGAAAGAGUUCCUGUUUAACCGCUACAUUUCCCGGCCACGUAGAUACGAGCUGGCAACGAGCCUGAACCUCACCGAGCGCCACAUCAAAAUCUGGUUUCAGAACAGACGCAUGAAGUGGAAAAAGGAGGAAGCGAAGAGGUGUAGAGGCACACGGAACCAAGAGCUCCAUGAACAAGAUGCCGAGUCAACUGUAGCAAAACGGGUCUGAAGGAGGCAACCUUUAUUUAACCUUUAUUUGAGACGCAUAUAGGUUUAAUUAUAUUACAAUGUAAUAUUUUUUAAUGCGCCUAAACGGCGUGGAGAUACAGCAUCUUGAAUGAGAUAACACAUAGCAAAAUUCCCUACAGUAACAGUCAGAGCUUUAAUGUUGAAUGAUGUACUACAGAAUUCCUUCGUGUCCACUUAAACCUAGCUACACUAUAUGGUUAAAAGUUUGUGGCCACCUGACGAUCACACUCAUAUGUGCUUGUUGAACAUCUCAUUAUAGAUUUAGUCCCUGCUUUACUGUUAUAAUAAGCUCCACUCUUCUGGGAAGGCUUUCCACUAGAUUUUGGAGUGUCUCUGUGGGGAUUUGUGUUCAUUCAGCUACAAGAGCAUUAGUGAGAUCAGGCUCUGAUGUUGGUGAGGAGGUCUGGGGUUCAGUCGGUGUUCCAGUUCAUCCCAAAGGUGUUCAGUGGGGUUGAGGUCAGGGCUCUGUGCAGGACACUCGAGUUCUUCCACUCCAACCUUCACACACCAUGUCUUCAUGGAGCUCGUUUUGUGUACAGGAGCAUCGUCAUGCUGGAACAGGUUUGGGCCUCUUAGUUCCAGUGAAGGGAAACUGUAAUGCUACAGCAAACGAAGACAUUCUAUACAACUUUGUGGCAACAGUUUGGGGAAGAAACACACAUGGGUGUGAGGAACAGCUGUCCAUAUACUUUUAACCAUAUAGUGUGAAUUCAGUUAUUAGUGUAACUAAAACUUGGUUUGAAUUAAAUAUCUUGUUUACACAUAUACAUUAUUUAGAUAUUUGUACAUGUAUGACAUAAAUUAUUGAGACAACUGUUUUACUUGUGUGCAGAAUGUACAAAACAUUUAUCAGGUUUCCUCAUAUUUUAAGAGAAUGAUUAUAACAGGGAAGUAUUUUAUGGAUAUGGAUAUACAGAUUUAUGGAUUGUAUUUGUAAGACUAUUUCUAUGGACUAUUACUAAGAAUUUUUAAGAAUGUAACUCAUAAAAAUGUAUUUGCCUUGUGUGUUUUUGCUCUUGUGCUGCAGUAGCUAGGCAUGACUCACGGAUACGCCUUGUCUCUGAUAUGAGCUCAGCUAUCACUCGGUUCAGGCUUUGACUCACAUUCUAUCUAAUCUAACAUUUUCUUUUUGUUCUUGCUUUAUCCAAGAACACUGCUAGAUACCUAGAUACUAUGUUCUGUUUCU